AUGGCGAGCUCCGUGGCGAGCGCCCCCGCGGCGGAGGACUGGCCGAGGCCCAGUAACUGCCCUGCUCCGCAGGAUGAAAACGCGCGGUGGAUCGAGGCUGGUCGCGCGGAGCGGUGCAAGCGACGGACGGAAUCGCUCCACUGCCGGGACGUCGUGCUGAGCGACGGGUUCGUCCUCUACGUGGAUCCGCGGGCACGAUUUUUCGUGGUGAACAAGCCCGCGGGGAUGUACGUGGAGAACGUGCUCGACUUCAUCGAGCGGUACAUGGAGGAGGUCAGGAGGGCACCAGAGCGGCAUAGCGAGAGGAGUAAACGCGCGAAGACUUGUUCCGACGGUGCGACUUCGAUUCGCGAGGCUUUCGACUCGCUGGCGAAGGUUGGGGAGCGAUUCCAGUUGUUGCAUCGCCUCGACAGGGACACCACGGGGUGCUUGGGUAUCGCGUGCGACAAGGAGACGAACAGGAUCUUGUCGCGCGCGUUUCAGGAGGGGCGGGUGAAGAAGCAUUACGUCGCGCACUGCAUCAACACGAAGUUUGCCGACGAUUUCCAGAAGAAGUGGAAGGACUGGGAGGUGGACGAACCCUUCGAAGAUGGCAGCAGAGCGAUGACGUGGCCGCAGAGGUUUUGCAAUUUCAGACUCGAGUGUCACACGGGACACGGUCGGUCCAAGCACGGCCUGUGGCGGCUAUACGCGAAGGAGGACGUCGGUCGCGAGCUGCCGGGAGGAAGCAAGGUCAAGGAAGCGCGCACGAACCUCUAUCGCGGCUUCGAUUCUGAUUCGGACAGCAAACGAUUGGCGCAUCUGCGAGAGUUGCAAAGCUUCCCCGUCGUCGCGGAACCGAUCACGGGCCGGACGCACCAGAUUCGCAUGCACUGCUCGCAGUAUUUUCCCAUCGUCGGAGACUACAAAUACGGGUACGAUGAUACGGCGGAUGAUGACGUGGUCCAGGAGGAGCGCGAGAAGGGCUACAGGUUGCACUCGUUCUCGCUGGAACUGCCGAUUAAGAUUCCAGAUGGCAAUGGUUUUCGCGACACGCUUGUGCUGGCUCCGCCGCCGUCGUGGUGGAACGAGGAGGAGUGGGGAACGUACGACAUACUCAUGGAACGAUUCUUCGCCUAA